GGUUGCGUUCAGUUGUUCAACUGAAGGCCGUGUGUGUGUUGUAUGGUGACUCCAAUAACAAAAUGCCAGAACGACAAUAUCCUCAAGUUUUCUGUUCUUUCGACGGUAAAAUCGAAAUCAAUGGAAAAUAUAGAAAAUACUGGAUACAAGAUGCUACUGAAGACAUGUUUUCUGAAAUUAUGGAAAAUCUCACAGAAAGAUUUAUCGGAGACGAACCAACUACAAAAUAUUUAAAGUGUAAAGAUGACCCAACCAGCAUGAAAGAGUUUCAACAAUUCUGGAUCAAAAUGCUUCACGAAAAGUAUUCAAUUGCUUGCAUGACCAAGGACGACCAAAAUAACGUCAAACUAGCAGGUUUUAAUGUGCUGACAGAAUCUAAAGAUGGCGAAAAGAAUGAUUAUAACAUCACAGGCGUUUCAAUUAGCAGAUUAUUCAAAGUUUUGGAUUAUGUUGAGCAGCAGCGCGAUUUCCACAAGGAGUUCCACCUGCCUACCUGUAUGAAGGCAAUGGGGCUCUACGUGUUACCAGAUUAUCGUGGGGAUGGACUGGGGGAGAAACUGCUUCAUGCACGCGAAUUACUGUGUCGGGCGGUGGGGAUCACCGGCACUAUUACAGCGUUCUCGUCGAUUAUUUCGCAGAAGUGCGCAGCGAAGGCAGGUUUUAAAGAUUUUGUGGUUGAGAGUUAUGAACGUCUCGGAGAAAUUGAUCCAGAUAUGAAGAUUUACGAUAUUGAAAAACAUAGUAAAUAUAUAAAAUUAAUGUAUAAACUGUACAACUAGACGAAGAAAUAAUUUGAACGAAAUUAAAUACGGUGGGUCAUUCAAUAGUUCGUAAUAGCUACGGAAGUUAGGAAGGAAUGUUAGAAAUACAAUCGGUUAUUAUUAAUGUAUUUUUAUUUGUUGGUUGUUGGUUGCUUGUCGUUUAUAAUUCAAUAAUUAUUAUAUGUACAAAAACUCUAUCAGUUUAUUCAUAUCAGAUUAAUCUUAAUAUAUACAAUUAAUAUAAAA